AUGGACGCCACGCGCUUUACGGCCACCGGGCCGUAUGCGCAUUCGAAAUCCACCAACGUCCCGCUCAACUCGUCGCCCGCGUCGAAGAACGAGACGCCACAGCAGAAGAUAGCCAGAUUAAGAGCGGCGGCGCAGAAGGCCAAGGGCUCGCAAGUGUCGACAUUCGACAAGGUCGUAGCCGGAGGACGAGUGUGGGCAGAUAGAGCUCACCGGGCGACGGCGCUGAGCCUGAUUGCAAUCACUGGCAUUGCUGGCGUGGUUACGGUGUUCGCUCUCGGCGACAUGAUAGUGUACAACAGGCGGAAGCGCAGGGAAUGGUUCCACGAACAAAAUCAGAAGCACGCAAUUGCUAUGGCCGAAGCGAAGCAAGCAAUGGCAGCCGGCACCGCAACUGAGGACCAGAUUUUGUUGCUCAACAACGAGCGCAACAAGGAGGAGCACGAGAAGAACAAAAAGGGCUUUUUCAAGCGCACCAAAGAGGCCCUUUUCGGUGGCUAUUCCAUGGAAGAGAAAAAGGGCGGCGAACUUGGCUCCAUUGCGGCAGAGGCGCGCGACGCUUUCGUGAGCGAUGCACAAGACGCAAAGAACCAAGGUCUGGGAGUAUUGCACGCCGUGGAAGAAAAGAGAAGGGAGGGUGAGAGAGCGCAAGAACUGCAUCCGGGACCGCUAGACCGCAUGGCAGAGGAUGCGGCAGAAGCGGCAACACAGAAGUCAAAGAGCUGGACAAGCUGGAUCAUGGGACGGUGA